AUGGCCGCACCCACCCACACCAUCACGCUCGACCCGGCUCAGUACGACCAGGAGCAGAUCAACCUCAUGGAGGAGCGCUUGAUCCUCCUCGACAACGACGACCGCAACAUUGGCGAGGGCUCCAAGAAGGACUGCCACCUCAUCCCGCCGUCGACGUCGUCCGAAACGCGCUCGCCGCUGCACCGCGCCUUCUCCGUCUUCCUGUUCCACCCCGAGUCCGGCAAGCUCCUCCUCCAGCGCCGCGCCGACGAAAAGAUUACGUUCCCGGGCAUGUGGACCAACACGUGCUGCUCGCACCCGCUCACGGCCUUUGGCGAGACGGACGAGGACGGCCAGAUUGGUGUUCGACGGGCGGCGGCGCGGAAACUCGUCCACGAGCUCGGGAUCCCGACGACGUACGCCCUCGACGACUUUGCCUACCUCACCCGCAUCCACUACUACGCACCCAGCGACGAGAUCUGGGCCGAGCACGAGAUCGACUACAUCCUCUUCCUCACGCUCGACCCCAAGUUCGAGGUCAACCCGAACGAGGUCAGCGGCACCAAGUGGCUGUCCAAGGCCGAGCUCGACGCCUUCUUCCAGGACCCGACGUCGACGUUCACGCCCUGGUUCCGCCUCAUCGCCGAGUCGUUCCUGUACAAGUGGUGGGACGCCCUCCUCGCUUCGCGCACGUCCGACUCGGCCCUCCUCGACGCAAAGGCCCUCAUCCCGCUCGUCGAGGCCGCAAAGGACGACAUGGCGCAGAUCAUCCGCAUGUGA